AUGAUCCUUCCCUCGGUGGACCCCUUCACGCCGGUCGACGAGCAGGUUUCCGACGAGUCCGACCACGAGUGCACCCAGGAGGCUCACGACCCCGAGCACCAGCACGAUGAAUCGUGCGCGCACGAGGCCGACACCCCGGCCGGCGUGACGGUCGUCAACGGUCUGACCAUCGUCCAUGACUUUGACAUGUCCACUUUCCCGGCCGACGAGACUUCUCUCUACCUGUUCAACGAGCGCCUCGGCCGUAUCCCCUCCAUCAACCACUUUUCACAGCUCCGCUCGGUUGUCCUGACCAAGAACCUGCUCCGGACCAUCGAGGGCCUGGACCAACUCGUCCAGCUGGAAGAGCUGGAUCUGUACGACAACUUGAUCGAUCGCAUUUCCGGCCUCGAGAAGCUGGUCAACUUGCGCCGCCUUGACCUGUCCUUCAACAAGAUUCGCAAGAUCGAGGGCCUUGAGACGCUGGUCAACCUUCGCCGGCUGUACCUCGUGUCGAACAAGAUCUCCAAGAUGGAGGGGCUUGAGUCCCAAAAGCACCUGGAGCUCCUUGAAAUGGCCCACAACCGUGUCCGCGUCAUCGAAAACAUCUCUCACAUGUCGGAGCUUACCGAGCUCUGGCUCGCCCGCAACAAGCUCACCUCCCUCGCCGGACUCGACGGCCUCACCUCCUUGACGCUCCUGAGCAUUCAGUCCAACCGCAUUUCCACUCUCGACGGCCUGUCCAAGGUCCCCGCCCUGGAGGAGCUCUAUGCCAGCCACAAUGCGAUUGCCAGCCUCACGAGUCUGGCAGCCUGCCCGCGCGCAGAGAUCGCCACCUCCGAACCCACUGAGCCUACGGAGGACGAAACCAGCCAGCUGGUGGCCCCGGUGGCCGCGCUCACCCUCCGCCGCCCGGCCACUGCCAGCCCCUUCGACAUUUCGGACGGCGCCCUCGCAAAUGUCCCGCACCUGACCACGCUCGAUGUGGCGGUCAACCGUCUGCGCUCCUUCGAGGGGGCAGAGUGUCUCGUCUCCCUGCAGGAGCUCUGGGCCAAUGGCAACCAGAUUUCCGACUUCCGCGAUGUCGAGCGGUACAUCUCCCCCUCCAAGGACUCCCUGCAGACCAUCUAUCUCGAGCACAAUCCCCUGCGGGCUGAUCCACAGUACCAUCUGAAGCUUAAGAUUCUCUUCCCCGGGUUGACUCAGAUCGAUGCUGUCCACCUUCGACCCGGCAUGACUCCAAUGGCGGCCGCGGCCGCCGGCGUGGCCGUCGAUUCCGGGACGCCCUCCCCCUAUCGCGCCAUGUAA